AUGAUGGCAAUCAAUUCCACGUCACGUUGUAAUACCAUCGAACCUCGUCCAUUACCCGUCAGCUCUCACGACGCCAGUCAGAAUUCGGUGAAUGUGCCACACUUGCAACUUCUGAAGCAUCCCAUUUUCAGUGAGAAUUGUACACAAGUGGAACGAAAUACAAGUCAAUCUGAAGUGGCCGAACAUGAGCCGGUGGGAGGUGUGUCAUUAGAUAAACCAACCCAAUGGAUUAUUCGUGCUUGCCAAGGGCUUUGGGAACAAAUAAAGCUGGAAGAAAAGCAACCGGGAGAACGGAUUGACUACGGUCAACAAUCGGGUUCCGGCCUAAUUGAUGGACUUAUUCAUGCCUGUGGAAAGUCGGAUCGCCUACUCGCAGUCGGUAUGUGCCAAAUUUUGCUCGAUGAGUCGGCGAUCGGGUUAGUGCCUACGUCAAAAGUAAAUAAAGAGGAACAAGGAGAAUUUCAAGAUCGAGAUGAUGUGUUCUAUCAGUGCACAUGUCCCCCGGAACAAGUAGAACGUGAUCUCACUGAUGGUGCUACCGUAGCCGAGGAUGUCGCAGCCACAGAUAAUUGCUGUUUGGCAAGUUCGUCUGCUCCGGACGAGAAAUUAAACACUAGUACCUCGCCCGCUCCGGUGAAAGUGAUUGCGUUCAGGACAGAUAGUUUGGAAUUGGACGAUACUCCACAAUUGGAAGACAGGUUUCAAAUACUAAUGGAUCGACUAUAUGGUCUGGCCAGUGAUGUGGUCCUUCGACGAAUUCUGCUCAAAAAGCCCUCACUUCGAAACAGUAAAGAAUUGGACUUUGUAUUUCAUGAGUUACAUCUGGUCCCGGCCUUGAGUGGAUUUUCGCGCAAUGUGCGACAUGAACUGAGUCGAUGCCUGCUAUAUGAGAUCCAUCCCAAGGCUGGCACUACUGUGUUCAACCAAGGUGACCCAGGCACGUCUUGGUACAUCAUACACCGUGGUAGUGUUUGGGUUUAUGUAAAAGAACAAGGACGAGUAUGCCGAUUAUCGGAAGGGGAUGAUUUCGGCAAAUUAGCCCUCGUGACGGGGGCACCAAGAGCUGCUAGUAUAGUACUAGCCGAGGAUAACUGUCAUUUUCUGAAAGUGGAGAAGGACGAUUUUGAUCGGAUUUUGCGUGAUGUAGAAGCAAACAUUAUUCGACUAAAAGAGAAGGAUUCGGACGUCCUCAUUUUGGAGAGACUGCUAGAUAGUGAUGGAACCAAAUCGAACGACACUUCUCCAUCGCACAAAAUAGAAGUGGGAACAAUGGGAAAAAAGAUGUCCACCACUGGUCGAUUGAUUAAUCACUCAAUAAAGGCUGGUACAGUGGAAAAAGUUGUACAACAUCUGCUGGAUUUGCGGCUAGGUGGAAUGGAACAUCAGAUCGAUACACUAUUGGACUCUUCGAAAACGCCAUUACAUUUGUGUCCACAACUGCUGACCAAUGUGGAUCAGACUUUUGAAGAUUUUAUUUUAACUUAUACCUUGUUUACGACCGAUGAAACACUGUUUGAUUUAUUGAUGACCUAUGCGCAACAGACAAUAAUAAUUGGGAAUUUCACGGAGUUUAAAUCACCGAUGGAUGCUUCACGAGUGAAUCGUGUUCUCGUGUUUCUUUAUUGUUGGUGCCAAUGUGUUGGUCUAUCACUGUUCACCAAGGCUGAUCGACUACGGGAAUUCCUACAAGAGUUGCAGGUUUUCAUAGACGAUCAUUUUCCCGAAAGCAUUCAAUCACAAAUAAUAUGCAGAUUGAUGGAAGAGUAUCACAUGAUACGGUUCCCCCUGUAUAUUGAAGGUGGGCGUAAACAGCAUUGGCUGACGAUGCAAUUAAACUGUACAGUAGCAGAUAUUAAAUUAGAAAUGACCACACACUUGUCAGAAAACACCGAUAUCAGUCAGUACAAGUUGGUCGAGGUGUCUUCGAAAGGUGAGCGAGUAGUGUUUGAUGACUGUGAACGCGGAGUUGUAUUGGGACUUUCUCCAAACAGUUGUCUUUUUAUGGUUGAAGCCAGUAAAGUUCGAAGUUUGGCUCCUUUACCGAUCCAGUUAACAGUGGCAAUGAAUUUCCUUGAGCACCAUGAACUUGAGCGAUAUCGUUCAAAUCAAGAGCUACAUCAUAAAGAUAUGAAAUCCGGUUCACCAAUGCUUCGUCGUAUGGCCUCAACCGGAAUGAGUUUUCGCGCACUUGACGAGUUAACCGUUGAGGAAGUUGCUACCAUCCUCACUAUGGCUAGUGUUCGUGUAGCAGCAUGUAUCGGCCCUAAGGAGCUCAUUGAAUACACCCUGGGUUCGAAAAAAUCGGACAGCGCAACCGCACAUAUCCGCCUUCUGAUUAGUCAUUUCAGUUUGAUUCAUACAUGGACUAUCACACAAGUAGUUACAUGCACAAGUGUUAGUCGGAGAGCGCAAUUGCUAAAGAAGUUGAUCAAAAUUGCCGAUCGAUUAAUUGAUGCCCCAUUCUUUGAUCAGCAUACCUGUUUUGCCAUCGUGCUCGGUUUGCACAGCAGCCCAGUAACACGACUUACGCACACAUGGGAACGCGUUCCAAUGCGAUGGCGACGUGUGUAUUUCAAUCGUCUCGUUCCGCUCAUCGAUCCGGCGCGAAAUCAUCGCGCAGCCCGCACUUGGAUUGUUUCUACCCAACCACCGCAUUUGCCAUUUUUAGCUUUGGUGCUGAAAGAUUUACGCUUCGCCGAGGACGCAAAUCAGACAAACUAUUCCGAACAGACGGGUGCGGUGAGACUCAUUAAUUUUGACAAAAUGCGUCUUGUUGCUCAAAGUUUGCGUUUGUGGAAUCGUGCAAUGGCCGGUUAUGAUUGGUUUCAUCCUCAAUCUGGUAAACUGAAAACCCCAUUGUCAUUCGAUUACCAAUCUGAUCCAGUCCUAUACCAAAAGGUUCAAGAUCUUUCCUUGGACCAUUUGCAGUUAUUUUUUGAAAAUCUCGAGUGUAUUGACGACAUUCGAGUACUUACUCAACUCUCAUUACGUUUAGAACCGAAACGAUGCUAA